AUGUCAUCAGAGAUAUUGUUCGAAAGCUCUGAGCUUCUCACGGAGGAGACGCGUCAGAAACUGUCUCACAGCACCCGGCUGCGUCAGCUGGAGGACGAGCAGAACAACCUGAAGGAGCAGCUGGAGGAGGAGGAGGAGGCCAAGAAGAACGUGGAGAAGCAGCUGAUGACCGUCCAGGCUCAGCUCCUGGAGAUGAAGAAGAGGGUGGAGACGGACGCUGGGUCUCUGGAGACGGCGGAGGAGGCGAAGAAGAGAUACCAGAGAGACCUGGAGGCUUCCAACCAGCGCAUGGAGGAGAAGUGCGCUGCCUUCGAGAAGCUCGACAAAACCAAGACUCGCGUUCAGCAGGAGCUCGACGACCUGCUGGUGGACCAGGACCACCUGCGGCAGAUCGUCUCCAACCUGGAGAAGAAGCAGAAGAAGUUUGACCAGAUGCUGGCAGAGGAGAAGAACAUCUCUGCUCGUUACGCAGAGGAGCGAGACAAAGCUGAAGCCGAGGCCCGAGAGAAGGAGACCCGAGCUCUGGCUCUGACCCGAGAGCUGGACACUCUGAUGGACGUCAAGGAGGAAACGGACCGCAACAACAAGCUGCUGCGCGCCGAGAUGGAGGACCUCGUCUCCUCCAAGGACGACGUCGGAAAGAGCGUGCACGAGCUGGAGAAGGCGAAGCGUGCGAUGGACCAGCAGCUGGAGGAGAUGAGGACGCAGCUGGAGGAGCUGGAGGACGAGCUGCAGGGCACGGAGGACGCCAAGCUGCGCCUGGAAGUCAACAUGCAGGCCAUGAAGGCUCAGUACGAGAGGGACCUGUCCGGGAAGGACGAGAUGGGCGAGGAGAAGAAGAGAGCGCUCGUCAAACAGGUGCGUGAGAUGGAGAUGGAGCUGGAGGACGAGAGGAAGCAGCGUUCUGCAGCCGUGGCCUCCAGGAAGAAGCUGGAGCUGGACCUGAAGGAGCUGGAGGCCGGCAUCGACAUGGCCAACAAGAACCGAGACGAAGCCCUGAAGCAGCUGAAGAAACUGCAGGCCCAGAUGAAGGAUCUGAUCCGGGAGCUGGAGGACACUCGCAUGUCCCGAGAGGAGAUCCUGGCUCUGAGCAAAGAGACGGAGAAGAAGCUGAAGGGCAUGGAGGCCGAGAUGCUGCAGAUGCAGGAGGAGCUGGCGGCUGCAGAGAGAGUUAAGAGGCAGGCGCAGCAGGAGAGAGACGAGCUGCAGGACGAGAUCAACAGCCAGGCCAGCAAGAAGUAA